UAACAGUUCGCUCUCAGUUGGUAGCGUGCACUGUCAGUUGCCAGAUCGACGGAAUUGUCGCGUUCGUUUUAAAAAUUUCAACAUGUGCGAACAGGUGGUCGAUUACCGAGUCUGUCUGGACCCUCUGAUCGAGAAAGUAACUUCGAAUCUCAAUCUGAACUUCGACAACGUGCAUUAUGAAUUAUCCACGCCGGACGAUUCGUUCUUUUUUUCGGACAUGUUCUUCGUGAAGAUCACAGUGAACCAGAGCGAAGGAAAGAAGGAGACGAUCAACAUUGUGGUGAAGAAACCUUCGCAAAUGGAUCACGUGAGAGAGGUGUUGGAAUCAGACGCUCAGUUCCACAAUGAGAUACUCUUCUACGAAAAGUAUGCGAAAGGAGACAACGAAUUACCUCGUUGCUAUUACACAGAAGAUAAACCUCCCCUGGAUACGGUGAUCCUUCUCGAAAAUAUCACGCAACGAGGUUACAAAUUAAGUCACUGCAAAUUCAACGUCCCUUUAGAGUAUACUCUGGCGGCAUUCCGAAGAAUCGCGCGAUACCAUGCAAAGGGUUACGCGAUGAAGGAACAACAUCCAGAUCAAUUCUUCGACAUCGUUAGUAAGAUCUGGCAGACCAGGUUCAACCAGGACUCUACCUUGAAAGGUAUAUUAAAUACCACGGUGACAAGGCCGGUAGAGUACCUCCGUAAAACCGGUUUCGAAAAGGAUUUUUGCGACAAAUUCGAAGAGAAAUGCCAAGAUAUAUUUAACAACGUGAUGCUGAAAAUAGUGGAACCGGAGGAACCUCUGGCAACGAUAUGCCACGGUGAUUUCACCAUGAACAACACUUUCUUCAAACGAGAGAACGGUCAGCUGAACGCUAUGCUGAUUGACUUUGCUCUGAUGAGAUAUGGGUCACCGAUCAUCGACCUGUCCACCUUUCUCUGCCUCCAUUGCACCGAAGCGCUCGACAAGAACCUGCUGGACAACGUUCUAAAGGCGUAUCACGAUGCUCUUAUAGAGUGUCUCAAGGAACACGGUGCAGAUUGCGAAAAGUACUCGUAUCAGGCUUUCUACGAAGACUACAAGAAGAGAGGUAUCUUUGGCUACUUCAUAGCAGUGUUCUUCUUGAGCAUGGUGAUGAACAAGGCCACUACGCCUCCCGAUGAACUCAUGAAAAUGACUCCGGAAGAAUCAGGCUUGAUAUUGCGCGAGCUAGGCGGAGAUGAGGUCUCGGAAAUAUUAGCGAACAUGUUGUUGAAGUUGAAAGAAUUCGGAUGUUUGGAUGAUAUAAUUUCAUAAUUAGUAUAAUCUCAUGAAUCGUGUUGGAAGAAAACCGAAGCAAGAUAAAUGAUGAGGAAAAUGAUGAGCGUUGACAUUGAAUCGUCGCUUUGUCGAUGCUAUAGUGGUGAUUAAUUAUAAUGGUUCUAAUGAGACUGAACAUAGUAAAAACGAGAGAAAAACAAAUUGCAUGCGAAUAGUGAAACAGCGAUUCGAUACAGUCGCUAUCAGUAUUUUCGGUUCGUUUGGAGAAUUAGUAUUUUUCUUGAAAAGAGAAUGAACAGUGCAAGCGGAAAUCUAUCUAGGAAUCGAUCGAAGUUGAAACGUUUCGUUUUCAAGAUGAUACAGGAGGGAAACAAGGGUAACAGUGCGGGUAAACGGUUGUUUAGAGGAACGUGUACGCUCGGUCUGACGAAAAUAAAGCUUGCUGGCACGAAGCGUCGGUACGAUGCGCGAAAUUAUUCUUCCGCCCAUGCAACGACGUAUCUGCCUUUCAAAUAGAGCCACUCCUCCACGCGAGCGUGGAAAAACUUUGUCAUUUCCAUAUAUUUUCCCGGACUGGCAGCAACGUCUCCCGGGAAAUUCACUUACGCUUUAACCUGAAUUUUAAGCCCGUUAAAUUUUGCUCGUCGUCGCGUGUACGCGCUUUUCCAUAGACAGGAAGAGGAAGUAAUCUUGCAAGGAUGCUUUGGAUGCUCCAGAGAUUAUGUUUCAACUAAAUGCUAAACGAUCGUUGGAAAAAAAAAUUUAACUUGUAUGAUAAUGUCAUUGGUGUAUAUGUCUGUGGAAAUGUUAUUGUAAAAAUUGCAUAUCUAGCAUAAUACUAGCAUUCCUAGUAUUAAUAAAGAAGUAGCCUAGUAGUAAUAAAAUAAUGUAUAAAUAAGACUAGAUAAAAUUUAAAAUUUAAAUUUAAAAUAUUUGCGAUUUUAUAUCUUCUGUAUAAAGUAAUUAAAAACCUCUGUAUUAUGCCAUUCGAUUAUUGUCUAAUAAUCGUGUUUGACCCAGGUCACUGUUAAUAGUAUUAUUGUCUUUAUUGUCGGCUAUCGUGCCUUCCAUAUCUGCUCUGUGUACAUAAAUUUUUAUAUCGCAUGAGAGUUCCUUAUUUAGCGCUAUCUAAAGUACUUCACACUUUUACCACGGUUAUAAAUAUUAUCACCAUUCUUAUGUUUACUUACUGAUGUUAAUGACUUUAUAAUACUGAUCAAAGUUAUAAUUAAAAAUAUACAUUAAACAAUAAAAACUGUUGCAUUAAA